AUGGUGGCCUCCUCGGAAUAUUGCACUCUCCAAUCAUCCUGUGAAGUUAUUGGACGCGACGAGCACGAGAACGGGGUGACGGUCCAUUACCUCGAUAGCACCAAAACACCUAGCCAACUCCACGCCGCCUGGCUGGUCGGUGCGGAUGGGAAAAGAGGCAUCGUUCGCAAACAUUUCCUCGAGCCGUCCGCGGGUGUCCGCCAGGAAACUGGGAUCUUCGAGUACGAAGGCACCUGGAUAGCAGCAAAUCUCAAAAUCACCCUUCCCACGCCGCAAAGGCACCCAGACCUUGCUCUCUGGGCGGCUGGAUUUGACCCAGAGUCAGUAUACGACUUGUUUUGGCCGGCGAACUGGCACUUCUGCCGUCCUCCAGGGAAGCCUAUGGCCUGUGGUCGAUUUGGUCCGCAUUCGGAUCGACUAUGGCGUCAUGAAUUUGCGGUCCCAGAGUGGAACGACUCCAUGGAUGCAAGUGCCAUCUUCUGGGAGAAUCUGAUCCCGCUCAUCACUCGGAAGAUCCGCCCGCUUCACGGCGGAUGUCCCGUAGAGGUGACUUUUCCUCAUGAUUGUAUCGAAGUGCUUCGCUGUCGUCCGUUCCGCUUCAGUCACCGCGUGGUUAAUAAAUGGUUCGCCGAACGAACCAUUCUAAUUGGAGACGCGGCACACGUCUUCCCGCCGUUCGGCGGGCAAGGUGUAGCAUGUGGAGUUCAGGAUGCGGUCGGGCUAGCCUGGCGACUGGCGAUUCUCACCAAGAUUGGCUCACUUGCACACUCGCGGGCUCGACAACAAGGUCUUCUUCAGUCCUGGGCGAGUGAACGUCGAUUGAGCACUGACAAUUCUGCCCGACUCACCCGGCAAAACGGUGAGUUGUGCAACAAGGAAGACUCAUGGUCGUUAUCAGUGCAGCUCGCCUGUUUGAACAUUGUCCAGGUUUUCCUUGGGGCCCUGGGUCUGGGGUUCGGGCCGUUUGGGGCGGACAGCCAAGGAUACCGUGGUUGUGUCGGGGGUGAAUUCAGUAUGGAGCACGGCGGAGGGAUCAAGCUGGGCCAGGUAUAUGUUCAGACACGUCUUCCUGAUAGCCCUACCCUGAAGAUCGAGCUGUCUGACCAGGCGAUGCGGCGCGUUCCUACCAUUUUGACACUUCUUGUCGUCGCACCCACCCAGUGCUCUGGAACUAAACAGGAACUGGCCUCCCUGCUUCGGAUGCUUUCACAAUCUGGAAUAGAUCCUGCUGUGUUAUCGGAGAUGUCGAUUGUGCAGUUCGAUCCUUCCGACUCGUCAGACCACCUCUCCGGUGGGAGCCUGUGGCCUGUUUGUCGUAUUGCCCCUGCGGACCUUCUUAUUGGGUAUCCCAUCCGGUCGGGAUAUAGCUCCAGCCAAUUCAUGCGUCGCCUUGGUGACUCUCGCGCUCGAUAUGUGAUUGUCAGGCCGGAUAAUAUCGUUGUUGCCAUGAGCGGAGACCUAGGUGGCCUGAAGAGCAGCUUAGACGCGCUGAAGAGAAGUCUUUCGUAA